AUGCGGCCUUGUCUCGGGUCUUGUCUCGGGUGGGGGCGCCCACGCCAGGCUGCCUCUCCAGCUCUUCAUCUUUAUGAUGCCUUUCGUUUCGGGCACCGUGGGUACCGGCAGCUGCUCACUGACCGCAGCUUCGAUGGCGCGGUAACGGCACUGGGUUCACUCGUGUCGAAUGCGCAGGCCAUGGAGGCCUGGGCACGGGAGCGACGCACCAACAGAGAAGUUGACCUGCGCCACGAAAUGCUGACUCUCCUCCGACGCUUGGAGCUGGACGUGCCGGGCACCAAGGGCAAGGGUUCCACGUGCGCCUUUGCCGAGAGCAUUCUGCGGCGUGGCUACGGCCUUCGUACGGGCCUCUUCACCUCUCCUCACCUCGUCGACGUUCGUGCUGCUGCUGCUUACACGGUGACGAACACGCCCAGAGAAAGAAUCAGACUUGAUGGGAAGCCUCUGGAGCGGGACGUGUUUGCCAGGUACUUCUGGGACACGUGGGACAGGCUCCACGCCACUACUCAGGGCAAUGAAACGCCAGAGAUGCCAGCAUACUUCCGCUUCUUGACGCUCAUGUCCCUAAACGUGUUCAUCAGGGAAGAGGCUACCUACAAUGUUGAUCAAUGGGCCAACAAUCCCACUCUCUUUCAGGUGGAUGUAGCGUUGGUGGAGGUGGGUGUUGGCGGGCGCACGGAUGCCACGAAUGUGGUGCACCCUGACGCGUGUGGAAUCUCUUCGCUCGGGUACGACCAUCAAAAGGUGUUGGGUGACACCCUCACCGAGAUCGCCUACGAAAAGGCCGGGAUAUUUAAGACUGGAGUGUCUGCCUACACUGUGCCCCAGACCGACGAAGCGAUGCAAAGUCUCGUCAAACAGGCCGCAAUCAAGAAGGUUUGCCAUCAGACAGCUGAGUGCACGCGCAAUGCCUACCACCACACAAGGCUUACAAUGUAUUUUGUGUGGGCCAGGUAG